AUGGCGCUGGCUCUGCAGGCGGCGAACGCGUCGGCGGCGGGCUGCGCGCAGACGGGCAACCUCAGCCUGGAAGUUGGCGACUAUAACGUGAGCUGCCCGAACGGCUCCGACGUCCGUGGCCCGGGCAGGAGAGUGAAAGAGAUGGACUCGUUCCGCAUCCUGCUCUACUGCCUCAUCUUCCUGCUCAGCGUCUUCGGCAACCUGCUCAUCGUCGUGGUGCUGGUGAUGAACAAGCGCAUGCGCACCGUCACCAACUGCUUCCUGCUGUCGCUGGCGGUCAGCGACCUCAUGAUGGCCAUCUUCUGCAUGCCCUUCACGCUCAUCCCCAACAUCCUGGAGGACUUCAUCUUCGGGGCCGCCAUGUGCAAGGCCAUCUCCUACUUCAUGGGGAUCUCCGUCAGCAUCUCCACCUUCAGCCUGGUGGCCAUCGCCUUCGAGAGGUACAGCGCCAUCUGCAACCCGCUGAAGUCCCGCGCCUGGCAGACCCGGUCCCACGCCUACCGCGUCAUCGCCGCCACCUGGGUGGUGUCGCUGCUGCUCAUGGUGCCCUACCCGGUGUUCAGCUUCAUCAGGACGCACGCCAAGGCCAACGGCACCGUUAGCCACAUGUGCCGCCUGAACUGGCCCAGAAGGGAAGCAGAGCAGACCUGGUAUGUGCUGCUGCUCGUCAUUCUGUUCUUCGUCCCGGGAGUGGUGAUGAGCGUCGCCUACGGUAUGAUCUCCAGGGAGCUCUUCCGAGGCAUGCAGUUCGAGGGGGGCCAGAGCAAAGAGGCCGCCGGCCGGAAGAACGGCGGGGGAAGGGACGUCCCCCCGUCCAACGACGAGGACGACGGCUGCUACGCCCAGGUGUCCAAAAAGCCCUCCUCCGCCUUGGAGCUCCCCACCCUCUCCAAGGCCAAGAAGAAGAAGAAGAAGAAGAAGGAGAAGAAGGCCCGCAGCACCUCGGACGCCAAGCUGCAGGCCAAGAAGCGCGUCAUCCGCAUGCUGAUGGUGAUCGUGGCGCUCUUCUUCGUCUGCUGGAUGCCCCUGUACUCGGCCAACACCUGGAAGGCCUUCGACCUGAAGUCGGCCUCCCGAGCUCUCUCGGGAGCCCCCAUCUCCUUCAUCCACCUGCUGUCCUACUCCUCGUGCUGCGUCAACCCCGUCAUUUACUGCUUCAUGAACAUGCGCUUCCGCCAGGCCCUGCUGUCCACCUUCGCCUGCUGCUGCUGCGGCAACCGCCUCUGCCGCCGCUUGUGCCGGGGGAAGGAGGGCGGCGAAGACGGCGCCACCGCCACCUCCAUGGCCACGUCGAUGGCCACCUCCGUGUCCAAGAUCAGCUACACCACCGUCGGCACCGGCGGCGGCAACUGCUGAGCCUCGGGCGGAGAAGGUCGCACAAACCGGCGGCGGCGGGUUGCCGCGUGCGCACCGUCCGUUUCCUUCUUCUUCAAUCUUCUGUUUGAUGA